CGCAUUAAAUAGUAUUCUUAUCGUUCGAAGGCACAGGUGAAGAAAUAUAUAUAAAAGAAAUAUAUAGAUCUAGGCUUACUAUGUUUGGAAAUACGUUACUUUCAUUCACUAAAUCUACAUCGUGGAUACUAAUUCUGCUCCCUAUAACAUCGGAUGCCUGUGACAAAGGUUGGUUUGGAGAAAGAUGUCAAUAUAAAUGCCACUGCCAGUCAGACUGUGACAAGGAAGGACAGUGUGUAGGAAAUGACACAAGAUGUGAUUCCUCGUGGUUUGGAACUAAAUGCCAGCAUUAUGACCUGUCCACUACUAGAGGAGCUACAAUAACUGCUUCUCCAAAGCAGACUACCCAAUGGUUGACCGACAGAGAUAGCAAAACCUGCAACAAUGACCCCAAAUUACAAUCUCUUACAAUAGUCUGGGACAAGGACUAUAUCUUCACGUGGAUGAGAAUGGUGUAUAAAAUAGUAUUAUCCAAGUCGGUAGAGAUUCUAUUCAACCAACUGAACCCAAUCAAGGUAUUGAACUGCAGCACUGUUAUUCUGCAAGAUAAAGAGCCUACCCUGGAGAUACACUGUAACUUAAACUUCCUAGUCAGGCAGAUAACAAUUACGUCACUGUUAGUCGAUCUGUGUGACGUUUACAUUAGCGGGGGUGUCAACUUUGCAUUGAAGCAAAGAGUUAUGCAAUCAAGCAACUAUUCAGACUUGUAUUAUGCAGACAAGGCGGUGGAUGGUGACUUGACUACAUUUUCUCAUACAAAACAUGAAGAAAGACCAUUUUGGUCAGUGACAUUGUCCACUCCACGCCUAGUUCAUCGCAUUGUUCUACAAAACCGUAUGAUGGAUAUGCAUGGUGUCAGUGUUGGGGAACGCCUUCAAAAUUUUGAAUUGCAGGCUCUAGACGAGAACAGAUAUAUUCGGUUCUAUCAUAAAGAUAACAGCACAGCACCUAUGAGCAAUUAUACUGUUGUUAUGGCUAUGAAAUCUAUUCUUGAAAUCAAAGUGUACGCUACAUUUAGAUACGCAUACGGUGAUCGUUAUAUGGUACCAGUCCUAACUUUAUCUGAAGUGGAAGUAUACGGAGAAUGUUGGCCUGGUUCCUUGGAAUUCUACUGUAACUUAGUUCACAAAGAUAACUACCCGAUAGGUCACCGCCUUCAAAACUUUGAAUUGAAGGCACUAGACGAGAACGGUGAUCCCCAAUUCCGUUAUAAAGAUAAUAACAGUGAACCUUUGCACAACUAUACUGUUGUUAUUGCUGGAAGGACAGUCAUUAAAAUCAUCGUGUACGCUACAUAUAAAAAACCUGUAAUUACAGAGAGACCAAUCUUAACGUUAGUUGAGCUGCAAAUAUUUGGUGAAUGUCUACCUGGUACCUGGGGACUCUACUGCAACCAGUCGUGUCCUUCCUAUUGUCCAGUCACUUGUACACAAGAAGAGGGCUCUUGUCACCUAAUCCAUGAAGAAGAAUGCUGUGAUGAUGUUGCUAGUCUGGAGCAGUAUCUCUCUCUCACAGGAAGCAAGAAUCUUCUUAGGAUUGUUCAGGGUCACAAAGAUGUCUGUCAGACGUUACUUCAAAAGAAAUUUCGGAUCAAGUUAAAACUUUGCACAAUUAUUCAUUGGCAAAAACAAUACAUGAAUCAAUAAAAGAAAAUAACCAAUUUGUCAAUUAAUUACAGGUUAGUUAAUAUUUUUAGAUAUGGCUAAAUAUUUCGCAUUUUCGCCACUAAUUGAACACGUUAUUUCUUCCACAUGUGCUUUGAUCAGCGGAUGUGUACUUCGAACGUAAGCAUUAUGUCCGACAUUGUUGCCUAUGAAAAACAAGAUUCUAUAACAUGUUUGAAUAUAUUAGCAUAUGUUAUUGAAGCCAAAGCAGGACGUUAAGGCAACGUGGUCGACUUAGCACUGAAUGUUUUAGCUCCAUUAUGAUUAUUUAAGUUUUUGUUUAUUCUGCCUUUAAAAAUAU